AUGGCUGUGGUCGCUUCUGUCGUAAUUGAUACUCUCACCGAACAAUUCCUACACUCUAUUGCCAAAGAACUCGGUAUGGAAUCCGAAACAUCGGCAAUGAACAUAUUGCGUACAUAUUUGGAAAAUCGUAAUAAUAUAGAUAUGGUUCUGAAACAAAUUGGACGAAAAGGUAGCGUUAAUCGUAUUCUCGUUAUCGGACAAACCGGUGCCGGUAAAAGCAGUUUGGUUAAUCUUUUAGCUGCAAAAAAGGUUCAUCAAUAG